CCAUUUUUUAAUGUUGAUGCAAGCCCAACACAGUUCGUUGAUAAGGGCAUCCAACAAUUGCCUCUUCUCCCCUUCGGCUCCGGGCUUUUCCAGCCUAAAGUGGCGCCGCUCCUCCCCUGGUGUCUCUUCUUCGACGCUCAUCUUCUUCCCCGAUUCAUCCCCAUCUAUCAGCCUAAUCAACAGCAUAAGAAGGCAUCAUGAGGUUGGAGAAGUGUUGGUUUUGCUCAUCCACUAUAUACCCUGGGCAUGGUAUUCAGUAUGUUCGGAAUGAUGCGAAGAUUUUUAGGUUCUGCAGAUCUAAAUGUCAUAAGAACUUUAAGAUGAAGAGGAAUCCACGCAAGGUCAAGUGGACUAAGGCCUAUAGACGGUUACAUGGAAAGGACAUGACCCAGGACUCAACCUUUGAAUUCGAGAAGAAGCGAAACAGGCCCGAAAGAUAUGACAAGAAUGUAACAGAGAACACUUUGAAGGCCAUCAAGACAAUUAUUAAAGUCAGGGACACCAGGGAGGCUCGUCACCACAAAAACAGAUUUAGAUCCAAGAAAGCAAUGAAAAACAAAGAAGCAGCAAAGGAACUUGAGCAGAGCAUCCACCUGAUCAAAGCACCCAGCGCUCUUCGGCAAGAUGCUUCUCUCACUUUGCCCAUCAAGGUCAAGGUCUCACAACAGUCCCAAGAUAACCGCAUGGAAGAGUAAAUCUCUCUCUUUUGCCUGUCAUUGAGCCGGACGCUUCAUUCCAAAUUCUCCUAAAAACGGUUUCGUUCCCAUUUUUGCAUUCACUAUAUUGCCCGUAUCUCGUUGCAUUUGUUCUUGUUUAUGCUAAGAUCCAACAUCAUUAUCACUUAUGUGUAGUACAAUGAUCAAACAUGUUUUCUAAGGAUUAUAGUUGGGGGAUGAUGACAUUUGAAUGAUAAAGAUUGAAUUUAUGA